CUUUCUUUCUUUUCCCUUUCUUCCAGAGCAGACUGUUAACUAUAAUGGAGAACUGUUGCUGUCAUUCUGUGGACUGUGAUUUUCAUAUGGGAGUGCCAAAGGCACAGAGGAAAAUGGCAAGUUCCCUAGACUUCCCUCUGCUCGACCUCCUUGUCUGCCUCAUCUUGGUCCAGCUGCUUACCCCUUGCUCAGCUGAAUUUUCUGUGAUUGGACCCCUUGGGCCCAUCCUGGCCAUGGUGGGUGAAGACGCUGAUCUCCCCUGUCAUCUGUCCCCGAAGAUGAGCGCAGAGACCAUGGAGCUGAUGUGGGUGAAAUCUAGUCUUGGGCAGGUAGUAUAUGAGUAUGCAAACGGGCAGGAAGUAGAAGAGCAACAGAUGGCAGAAUAUCGAGGGAGAACUUCUAUUUUAAGAGAUGGCAUCACUGAAGGGAAGGCUACUCUCCGAAUUUACGAUGUCAGAGCUUCUGACAGCGGAAGCUACCUGUGUUAUUUCCAAGAUGAAAACUUCUCUGAAAAAGCCCUGGUGGAGCUGGAGGUUGCAGCCCUGGGUUCUGAUUUUCACAUUGAAAUGAGGGGUUAUGAGGAUGGAGGGAUCCGUCUGGAGUGCACAUCCACCGGUUGGUAUCCUCAGCCCCAAAUAGAGUGGAGAGAUGCCACAGGAGAAGAUAUGCCGUCUUUGGCAGCAUCUUUGGUUGCAGAUGGAGAGGGCCUGUAUGUAAUCGCAUCAUCUGUGAUCGUGAAAGGCAGCUCUGGGGAAGGGGUAUCCUGUAUCAUCAGAAAUCCCCUCCUCAGCCAGGAAAAGACCGCCAGGAUUUCCAUUGCAGACCCCUUCUUCUGGAGGGCCAGUACCUGGAUGGCAACCCUGGCUGGAACCCUGCCUGUCUUGCUGCUGCUUCUCGCAGGGAUGGGUUUCUUCCUCUGGCAAAAGCAGAAGGAGAAACAGGUUCUAUCCCAGGAAAAAGAGAGAGAAGAAGCAGAAAAGGAUUUAGAACGAAGGGCAAGAGAGAAGAUAGAGUUCCUACUCAUGGCUGGUGGAGAGAAGUCUCAGACCUAUGGAGAAUCGAAGAUGGCCCUCUUCCAAGCUGUUGACAUGAUUCUGGAUCCGGACACAGCACACCCUCAACUUCGUGUUUCUGAGGACCAGAGGAGCCUGUGGCGGGGAAUCAUACGACGGAAUCUGCCACCCAAGCUGAAGAGAUUUGAUAUGCAUUACUGUGUUCUUGGCUGCAACAGCUUCAUGUCAGGGAGACAUUUCUGGGAGGUGGAGGUGGGGGACAGGGAAGAGUGGUAUGUCGGGGUGUGUGAGGAGCAUGUGGAGAGGAAAAAAUGGGUUAAAAUGUCACCUGAGAAUGGAUUCUGGAUUCUGGGGCUGUCCACGUCGAUAGGCUAUCAUUCUCUCACUUACUUCAAGACCAUCCUGGAAGUUGCCAACCCCCUUCAAAAAGUGGGAGUUUUCUUGGACUAUGAGACUGGUGAGGUCUCAUUCCACAACGCCAUGGAUGGAUCUCAUAUCUACACCUUCCCGCACACCUCCUUCUCUGGGCCUGUGUGCCCUGUUUUCAGAAUUAAGACACGGGAUCUAACUGCCUUGACCAUUUGCCCAGUGCAGACAGGAGUGCAGAGUUCUCUUGUUACUGACCUAGUGUCUGACGUUUCCCUGGACACCCCAGUGAACCCAAGCUCUGCUGGUGGGAAUGGGGACCCUCAGGCUGAAGUAACAUCCUUGCUUUCUCCUGCCCAGCCUGGAGCUGAGGGCCUCCUCCUUAACAGCAACACAUCACAACAAUAAAAUACUAAAUGC